AUGAACCCCCAGUGUGCCCGCUGUGGGAAGAUCGUCUACCCGACGGAGAAAGUCAGCUGCCUGGAUAAGAACUGGCAUAAAGGAUGUUUCCACUGCGAGGUUUGCAAGAUGACCCUGAACAUGAAGAACUACAAAGGUUACGACAAGAAACCCUACUGCAAUGCACAUUACCCCAAGACGUCGUUCACCAUCGUGGCCGACACACCAGAAAACCUGAGACUGAGACAGCAGAGUGAGCUACAGAGCCAGGUGAAGUAUAAGAAGGACUUUGAGGAGAGUAAAGGUCGAGGAUUCAGCAUCGUGUCGGACACUCCAGAGAUGCAACGACUCAGAAAGACUCAGGAGCAGAUCAGUAUCGCCAAGUACCACGAGGACUUUGAGCGAGCACGCGGACGAGGCUGCACGCCAGGACUGGACGACCCCAGCAUGGAGCGGUACCAGAGAGCCAAUCAGAUGAUGGGAGAGGCAGGAUACAGCAAAGGGAUCCACCCCCAGGCCAUGGAGAUGGACAGACGACCAGGAGGCAUCAUUGUAGCUCCAGUCCUCCCUGGAGCGUAUCAUCAGGGCGUCCACAUGCAGCAGCAGCAGCAGUAUCACGGCUACAUGCACCAGACCAGCAUGUCAUCUGUCAGAUCCGUCACCUCCCCGCCUCACUCAGCCACCAUGCGUGUUUACAGGGCACUGUACGACUACGCGGCUCAGGACCAUGAUGAGGUCUCGUUCAGAGAUGGUGAUGUCAUCAUUAACGCUCAGCCCAUCGAUGAGGGCUGGAUGUACGGCACCGUGCAGCGGACCGGCAAGUCUGGCAUGCUGCCGGCAAACUACGUGGAGUGUUGCAACUAGAGGAGGAAGGAGGGUGAGGGUCAGGCAGCGGUGAAACGUAAAGAAUGAAAUCCACCCUCACUGUUAUAAUAUCAGCAGUCUGUGAUGUUCUUUGCAUUUCAGGGAUAGAAAAUACAAAGUGACAUCACAUCCAGAUGUUUUCAGAUGUUCAAGUGGAGUUUAAAAAGCAGAAAAUCAGUUAUAUCUUAAACAGUUAAUAUUAAGCAUCUUUCACAGGAAGAUCCAUCACAGAGAACAACUCAGAGACAAGUUUUACCUCCACUGGAGCAGGAAAUAGACCAGAAUGCAAUGCAGCUACAGGGGCAGGGUGUGGUAUGACUGAGGGAGGUGGCUGCAUUUCCAUCAAGCAUUUCUAGAUAUUUGUAUUUCUGUGUUGUCAUUUUGGGAGACGUAGGCAGUCACUAGCUAAAGAAGAAGUAGUCAAGGAUCUGAAUGGAAUUAGAUUCAUCAAAAAAGGUAUAUUGACAGCUGACACUUGAUUACAAAACAUCUGCUGGAAUACCCUGAACAUUACGGACUGCUGACACCAGCUGACAGAAAUCUGAGGACAGUGAUUUCCUUCUGUUGAGGUGGAAAGAAAAACAGGAGAGACAAGAAGCAAAGGUAUAAAUCUAGCAUGCCGUCAAUAAGUUAUGUCAAAUAUUACAGCUAGAGAUGAGAGCGGAAGGAUGCAUGAAGAAAGAAGGUCUGAGAGUUUAGAAGCAUCUGUAGUUUUUUAAUGGCCUGCAAACAAAACUAGAUCAGAUUAUAGACUCUGAUUUUAAGGAGUGCACUUCAAGCAGAAUAAAUUUAUCUAUAAAGUGAAAACAGAAGCAAUUAAGUCUGGUUAUUUGGGCUUGGAAGUUUAAAAUUAAGGUCUGGUGAUAUUCUAGAUUUAACUUGUUGUCGAUAAAUCCCAUGAAAAUACCUAAACUAACAAGUAUUAUGUGUGUAUCUUCAGCCUGAUAUAUGUUCUUCCUCUGAUCCACAGAGCUCCAUUGUUGUUAAAAACACAUCAAUACUCACAAAUACUCACUAGAGCACCAAAUGUGGAUUAAUCUGCCGCUGGAAGUAGUCCCCAACAAAAAUUUUUCUUCUGUUUGUCUGAUAAAAACUACAGUUAGCAGCUGUUUCAAGGAAUUACAGAUGAAAUAUUUGUGUUUUUAAAGAUUUACAUCUUCAGUAGGAUCCUAUGGGCUUGGAUCUUAGAGACAGACAGGAAGUCAAAGAGGGAGGUCAAAGUCCCUCCUCUUCUGGUGGACCACCAUGGGACUUUAUUUUGAAAAAAAAUAUAUAUAUAUGUACAACACAAAUAAGUGUUUUAAGCCCAGAUAAAUUUUGCCAUGAAUUACACGUGGCAAAAGAUAAUUUUACAAGUCAAGAAAGUCACAGUUUGUCCUUAAACACUUGAAGUAAAAUACCGUAAUAUAUUACAAAGACUACACACUAAAAAGUUGAGUAAGUGAUGGAUCUGGCUCUACAAGCUCACUCUCAAAGAACCUACCAAUUCUCCUUUUCACAUAACUGCAGCUCUCAACAUGGCCCAUCUUGAUUUUAACCUCUAAAUUAAGGAUGCACAAUAAUAUUGGCACAUCAUCAGUAUUGGCUGAUACUGGCUUUAAAAUUAAUGAUCAGAAUCAUCUGACGUGCUUCUUCUUAUUUUGCCCAAUGAAUGAAUAUUACAUACAGUGACAAGUAUUGUAUUGUAUUUCAUGUCUCCAUAUAGGGGCCAUCAGGAUAAGAGUAUGCAUUCAUUUUAUGAUGUUAAUUCCACUACAGAAGAGACUUGAUUAUCACUAAAAUUAGGUAGGGAAAAAAGUG